GCUCUGAUUUCUGUCUCAGUUUGCAGCAUGGAGCGGGCCGUGCGUGUGUUCGUGGCGCUGCUCCUCGCCCUGGCAGGGUGUUCGGCUGAAACCUGCACAGAACCUUCAAUUAUCCCAUCCUACUACACUACCUCGGAUGCUGUCAUUUCCUCAGAAGUGGUUUUCAUUGUGGAGAUAACACUGACUUGCUCUAAUGGGGCACAGAAUGUUGCACUUUAUGCAGAUGUAAAUGGAAAGCAGUUUCCUGUAACUAGAGGCCAGGACAUUGGACGAUACCAGGUUUCCUGGAGCCUUGAACACAAGAAUGCUCGUUCUGGGACUUAUGAAGUGAAGUUCUUUGAUGAGGAAUCUUACAGUUUGUUGAGAAAGGCCCAGAGGAACAAUGAAGAUAUAUCUGCUAUCAAGCCACUCUUCUCAGUAAAUGUUGAUCACAGGGGAGCAUGGAACGGUCCUUGGGUAUCCACCGAAGUGCUUGCAGGACUUAUUGGAAUUUUGGUAUAUUAUACAGCAUACACCGCAAAAAGCAGCAUCCAAGCAUGAACAAAGCAACGCAGGUCCAUGGAGGGUGUUAAUCUUGAUGUACAGAGUUCUCAUGUUUUGUCAAUAUCCACUAAUAAAAUUUUCUAUACAAAUGGA